AUGUUAAACAACCGCCGCGCGGCCAAGGAGUUCAAGGACGGGAUGUAUGGCAAUCUGGGCACCCAUGCUGCAUCAGUUCCCGUGUUGCUGAAAAGUGAAAACGGAAUACUGGGCUGUGGUGAAUGUAUAUCCACCAAGGAGCAAGUGGACGCCGAUGUGAUCAACGUCGGCAAGCAGACUGACGGUGUUGCCCGGGCCAGCUACUUCAGCAGCGAUGAAUCCUUCGCGAUGAUCCGCGGUGGGCACAUUCACCUGACGAUGCUGGACGCCCUGCAGGUGUCGAAGCGCGGCGAUCUGGCCAACUGGAUGAUUCCGGAGAAGAUGGAGGGGAUGGGCGGCGCUAUGGAUCUCGUCGGCCAUACUAGAAUAGUCGUGAUGGAGCACACAUCGAAGGAGAAUGAUCCCAAGAUCCUCAACGAGUGUACAUUGCCGACCGGUAAAGGUGUCGUCGAUAUGAUCCUCACGGAGAAGUGUGUCUUUGUCGUGGACAAGGCCUAUAUUAAUGGAACACUGCGUCUGGCGGAACUGGCGGAGAGGUGGCGGUCGCCGAUGUGA